AACGGAAGGACGGCCAGCUGCUCCGUUAUUCGUCUCAUCUUGCGUCGAUAUUUUUGUUUUGAUGGGUUAACUAACCUCAGGAAACAUGUCGAUAUAAAACUGAGACAAUCCAAACUGGGAAACUUGAAAUGGACUAACGCGAGUGGACUCUUUUACACAGUGUUGUGAUUUUAUUUCGCCGGUGGUCGCUUUAACGGUUUUUGCACAUUUUCAUCCCCGCUGAUGUCCACCUGUUACCGCUGCUUACGGACCUGUAGACAGCCUCACCACGGAGCCUCAUAUUCAACCAACUUCUACUGAGAUGGCCCGUGCAGAGACCAUCGAGAGUGUCGGAGAAACUGGAGGACAACACAACACCUGCCGCAUGGAGCUGCCUCGGCCUUUCCACACCUGGCCAGGCCUGCUUAGCACACCCACCAUCACUACCAGUGGCAUUGGCACAGGGGACAUGCACCCCCACCAUCUGCACCCUUUGCAGGCUCUCUACCUGUCGUACCCCCUGCCUUACCCCCACCCAGAGGGCCAGUACGAGCCCCAGACUCACCAGCAGAUUCCUGCGUUACUGCCAUCACGAACGCCUCCUCCUUCACCGCCAUGUAAUCGGAGGGAGGAGAGAGGUGGAGGCCAUGUACCCAGUGCCUUCUCAAGAGAGCAAUCAGACUUGGACAGAGAGGAGCACACAGAUGCCUCCAGCCGGCUGGGCCCAUUGCCUGACCUGCUGCCCCAGAACGAGCACCCCUCCAUGGCUCUCAGAGGAGAGGCAGAGCAGGAGCUUGAGGUCCGGAGAGUAGCCCACCAGCUGAGGAUCAUUGGAGAUGAAUUUAACGCCACAGUCCUGCGCAGAGCGCACGCUGCCCCCCACUGGCAGGACUGGAGAGACGCCUGCAGAGGACUUCUCAACUUUAUCACGCAGACUCUCAGCACUCUCUACAGGCUCACAUAGAAAGAGCCACGUCACUCCUAUCCAGCGGUUACCAUGGUGACACUCAUUUCAGGACCAUCAGACUGUUGCUUAUGAACAGAGCAACCCCAGCUAGUUACUGCGAUGUUUCAUCUGAACUUUGAGGACUAGCGUGUCCUGAAAUCAAACGUUUACUUGAACAGAGGAUUUCAGAGCUGGACAUCAGUGAGGGGUUACCUGCUGGCUGGAUCAGGGUGCCAUGCAUGGAAACUGGGCCCCACAUGUCCGUUACUCAGUCUGCUGGUCCAGACUGCAGCUGACCGACUGUUUGUAUAUUUUGUAAAAUCUGAUUUCUUUCUCUGUCUUUGUCAACGUCUCGGGGGCCGUCUCCUUCUGGGGCAGGUGUGAUUGAAGUGUUUAUGAGUGAAUGUGUGAAUGAACGUUUGUGCACAUGGUAGAUCGGGGUCAAACUGAUUAGUUUGUAUUAUGAGGUAUCAGCAAUAGAAGGUUUUUAUCUACUCUUGAAACAUUUCACUUAUUUUGGGAGGAGUUGGGAUGUUUGUAUAGAUGAGUCACUGGUGAAGCUCUUUGUCAUCCAGCUUCAAUGACAGUUAAAUUUAUUGAAGAGAAAGGUUCUUUUGCUUUUGGUACUGUGGAAGCCCAUUUUUGCCAGUAAAAAAGGAAAGAAAGUGAAGCAUUUAUGAAAAAAAAAACUUAAGUAUUAAACUCAAAAUUAUGAUGUGAGAGUAAAAACUAUCACUUAAAAGUCAAAAUAAUGAUAUUUUAAGUCUUGAAAAACAUCUUAUAAAAUAAUAAAAUUAUAUUAUAAAGUACAGUUUGUAAAAUUGUAAGACAAUAAGCCAACAGUAUGUCAGAAAUUUUAAAAUUAUUGUUCAAAAAGUUUGAACUUACUAAAAAAAGUCUACAUUAUGAGACUUUUUCUUACUAUUCCAACAUCUUAUUUCAUCGUAAUGAGUUUUUUACGUCAAGAUUUAAGCUUUUUGCUUCAUAAUUUGGACUUUUUUUGUUCACAUUUGCACUUUUAACGCAUAGUUAGGAAUUAAUAAGAGAAUUUUGCCUUUUAAUAUUAUGAUUUUGACUUUUUCUCUCAUAAAUUGGUAUUUUUAUCUUAUGACUAUGAUUUAAGACUUAAAUGUUUUUUCUGGCAAUGUUGGACUUCCGCACAUUUCUUUGAGCUUUUUAUUUGUUCGUGUGCAGUCUUCAUGUUCAGAUUAUUCCUUUGGACUGAACUUCCCCCUGACAUCAUCUGAGUUUAUAAAAACUCCUUCAGAAGAUAGUUCCAGGUAUGAUUUGACCCCCAUCUCAUAUGUACGUCUUUAUUUUGCUUCUUGUGCCCCCAUACGUUGUGAUAAACUGUGAAAGUGGACGCUGUAUUUACAUGGCUGGGAAAUGUUGGGUGUUAUUCCACUAUGGAGCGAAGCACAGAGUGAACCUCUCUCCCAAUCUGCUUCAUCUCAUCACACGACAACGACGACGACGUGCCUUUCUGCUCACAAACCAGGACAAUCAGCCGCAUAUACAUUCAAAGAAACACACACAUGCUUCCUAAGUGCUUUGUUUGCAGUCUCUAAACUCCAGUGUCAUUUGCAUUACAGUCAAACGAUGCAGCGUCAACGCUGCUGCAGGUCAUUUAAGGACAGAAACGGUCUAAUCCCCUCCUGGCUCACUGUAAAUUCCUGCACACUUUUCAUAUGUCAGUGUUGGGAGCUGCAGGUCACGCCUGUGUCCACAGUGUUUAUAGAUACUUUGGUUUGUAAAUAAUAUUUUGGAAGAUGAAUCUAACAGAUAUGUUAAAUUUUGAUGGACUUUAAGAGUACUUAUCAAAGUGAGCGUUCACAGUGUUUGUUUGGGAGAUCUUUUUGUAUUUCUGAGCAGAGUUUGAAUUUAAAUCCAGUGGAUUUGAGAUGGUAUUCGAGACUUAAAGAAAAUAAUUUGGAUCCUUUUGAAUGUUAAAAGUUAUUUGAUGAUUUUUGUAAAUUGACCCUUUGGUUGUGCGAUUAUUUUCAUUGUAGUUGUGGAGAAAAUGUUUAAUAAUUGCUCCUAUUUUGAGAAUAAUUUAUUUUGGAAAGUAGCUUUUCUGUAGCUUUUAUUUUAUGUAUUAUUUAUUGUUUUCUUACAUUCCCUAUCAGAACUAUGGAUUAAGUUGAACUUGAGUUGUUCUAAAUAAGACAAGAGUGAAUGAAAUACACAAAGAAAGUGAUUGCAUCACAUUUCCUUAUUCAUAUAUAUGUUUUAUAUUGUUUCUCCUGUUACAGAUUCAUGAGAUCUGAUAUCUUAGGACUGUUCACUGACAAUGUUGACUACUACUUAAUCUACUGGUGCAUUUCCACAUGUGGUACUUGCUUAAUUUGGCUUUACUCUGCUUGGUUUUGGUUGCCAGACUCAGUUUUUCCUGGCAGUCAAACUUUGAUAGUUCCUUUCAAAGUCGACAUGGCUGUUCCAGCAGGAAGACUACUUUUAUUCCAGAGAAGUUAUAAGCAGAGAGACAAAAUGCUGUUGAAAAGUACAGGAGAGUUUAGGAAGUCAUACAGCAGUACAAAAAUAAAGACAAAAGGGGUUUAAUUCCUGUGUUGGACAUCACACUCAUGGCGCUCCCAGGGACCUUACUCAGUGGUUUAGGGUCUCGAACGCCACAUUUUAGUAUCAGCUCAGCUCGCCAUAGGUGACACCAAAAAAGUAUCAGGUAUGAUUCUUAAAGUAAAAUUUAAAAAAAUAAUUUGAGUCAAACAAGUCAAGCCAGUACCAGCUAGUAGAAAAGCACCACCUGUUAAACAUGCUGGGAUUUUUGUCACAUUUUUAUCAGUAGCAUCACCAGCUGUUAAAGAGUGCAGUCAACAACAGUAAAACUGCACGAGCAUCUUAACAGCCUACCAACAACACUGUUUAGUUUAGAGCAGUGUUGGCAUUUAUUCUUUUACUUAUGAAUACCAUCAACACACCUGCGUUCACAUGCAUUCCUACCUCUCUUAAUUGCUCAGAAUAAACACAGAGUAAAUAUUUUAAAACUGUACUUUUUAAAAGAAUUAGUCCUUGUGAAUCCCCUGUAAAGCACACUUGAAAAAAACAUGUUUACAGUUUGAAUAGUGUGAAGUGAUGUAACAGCUUUCAUUGUGUAUUUCAGGUUUGAUGGACAAGUACCAAAAUCGCCCCUUUAAAGCACAAAAAAGAUCAAGUUUUGGCUUCACAGACUGCUAGCAAUACUAAAACUUUUGACUCAGACUGAACUAAAAAAGUGAUAUUGAAAUCUCCAGGAUGUCUCCAAUGUUAAAAUUUCAUCUCAGAAUUGCCCACCGAGGAGAAUAACUUUAUUUCAGGGAGAAUUUGACUGAAAUCAGGGUUUCAGAAAUCUUAAAAAGUAUCAGGAACAUCAUUACCUGUGGCUGUUAUAUCUGGUUAAACCACUCUCAUUGGCCUUAGCGACACUGUUUUGUAUGUUUUUAGUAAAGGGCCUUCUUUUGAACUCUUUUGAAGCCUUGCUGUACAAAGUCAGAAUGAUACCACUGCCUGCAGGUGUUCAGCGGACACAGAGGGGCUGAGUAAAGAACAACUGCUAGCACAUUUUACAGCGUGUAUAUUUGUAUUUUUAGACAGUUUUCUAGCAGUGCUUUCAGCCAUGUUUGCUCUCGUAAUGCUGGGUAAAGGUCGACAGAAAGAACGUGUCAGAUACUUUACAAACUCACCUGUAAGUACUUUAGUCAUUCAACCUGUAGGUGAUAGCUUACCUGGCUUAUCUGAGCAUGUGCAGAAGCUCACUUCCUGGUUUGUUUAUCCUGUGAGAGUGCACUUCCUGGUUCAGGGCUCAUGUCAUCACAUGCAGUGUGUUUUUGCUGUUUUUCAACUUUUUCUAUUGUAAACUUUCUACAUGAAUUUUGUACUUUUUCUUUUUUAUAUAUUAAA